GCGCAGGGUUACCGUCUGGGCUGGACCGUAAGAGAAGCAGUGAUACAGCCUCACUCUGGCUCCGCUUCCUCACCUCCUUCCUCUGCCUUCUGACUGUUUUUUCUUUUCUUAUCAUUUAUUCUGACUGCAUGUUCAGCCACACCGCCUCCCUCGGCAUCUUCACUUCGGCCCCGCCGCAGCUCCGCCGAGCAUGGACAGCCGGGUUCUCGAGCAUCCUCACGCCCAGUUCGGCGGCUCCCUGGGCGGGCUGCUGGGCUUCCCCUACCCGCUCGGUACCCACCAUCAUAGCCACCACCAUCACCAGCAUGUCUAUGAGCUGGCGAGCGGACACCAGCUGCAGUCCGCGGCCGCCGUACCUUUCUCUAUAGACGGAUUAUUAAACGGCUCGUGCUCGGCCUCUGUGGUCACCUCCAGCCCUUUACUGUCAUCCGACAGCCAGCAGUUCAAACUAUCAGAUUCUGGAGACCCGGAUAAGGACAGUCCCGGCUGCAAACGGAGGAGAACCAGGACGAAUUUCACCGGCUGGCAGCUGGAGGAGCUGGAGAAGGCUUUCAACGAGAGUCACUAUCCGGAUGUGUUCAUGCGGGAGGCGCUGGCGCUCAGGCUUGACCUGGUCGAGUCCAGGGUUCAGGUGUGGUUUCAAAACAGACGAGCUAAAUGGAGGAAAAAGGAGAACACCAAGAAGGGCCCCGGGCGGCCCGCUCACAACUCCCACCCAACCACCUGCAGCGGUGAGCCCAUGGAUCCUGAGGAGAUCGCACGGAGGGAACGAGAGCGGGCCGAGAAGAAGAAACGGAAACAGGAGAGGAAGCUGUUAAAGUCACAGAACAAACUCCUUUCAGGAGAGAGCUUCCACACACCUGGUGGUUCCGAGAGUGACAGCGGGGUGUCACAGUUCACCGACAGUGAGCAGCAGCCGCCCUCGAACCUCAGCGGGAGCGUCCACGUGGAAUUGCCGGUAUCCAGAGGUGCAGGGGGACACCAAACCGAAUCCAGCUGCGACCAAACGCGACACGACUUCAGUCAGCUGCAAAACCAGCCAAACCAAAGAACUGCAGAGGAACUGGAGCAGGUUUCUCCCGGCAGCACGCACAGCUCCAGCCCUGAGGGUCAAAGGUCAUCCGCCAUACAGAAACGAAACCCUUUCAGCGUGGAGAGCCUUCUUUCUGACACCAUGCCACGGCGGAAAUCCCAAGUGGACUUUCCCUCUCUGCCCAGUCAGACAAUGGUGGGUAAGGGGCACUUCUUGCUUUAUCCCAUUGCCCACCAGCCCUUGGGUUUUUUAGUUCCCCAAACCGCCCUGAAGGCAGCUCCGUGUCAGGAGAACUCCGAUAGACUCACUCUGGGACAAAGAUGCAUGCCAAGUGACGGGAGCCCGGCUCCCUCUGACCUCUCCACCUUUGGCAGCAACGUUAACCAUUUGAACUCAAACCAUACGGAGCAUACGCACCACAAUCACAUUAGCAGCAAGCUGGAGGCGGCCGACACGAGAGACUGUGUCGGCGACUGCAAAAAGGCAGUUUCUCCCACAUCUGACCAUGCAGAUCAGACAGUUGAAAUCAGAGAGGAUGGGAGUCUGAAAGCUCAGAGAGAAGCUGAGACUGCCGAGCUGUGUCUAAAAGAAAGAGGUGCCAGAGAGGAGCGAGGGUCUCCAGACCUCUCCGAGGCGAACACAGAGAGUGGAGAAACACCAGUAACAGAUGGAGAGGAUGUCGAUAUGGACUAACACUUUCAAGGAGCAAACACAAGCAAAGGAGCAGGGACAGCGCUCUGAUUAGUUGAAACAUUCCCAAAGCUCUGUCGAGGCACUCCGAAACAUAUCAGGAAUCACAAGACUUGAUCUUUGUCUAUUUUUUAAUCAGAAGGCGUGACGAGCCCAGCCUUUGAAGCAGGUGUCUCUCUUCUUUUUCUUUUUUCUUCUUUCUUUUGCUUUUGUGAACACCUUGUAA